AUGACAUCCGAUGAGCUAGCCAGCCCUACUCGCUUUGCGUUUGCGCCACCGGCGAGAACACCGCAAUCCUCAUACGGUCAGGAUCAGGAGCAGCAGCAGUCCGCCAGAGGCCAGGAAGGCAGAGGAAUGGACCCCAACAACAAAGGCGUUACCGCAACCCCCUCCAGGACCGACGACCACCGCCACCGCCACCGUCAACGACUCCAAGCCCAAGCCCGACGGCGGCGGAUCAACAACCGCGCCAUCAUCGACAACCCGCUCGCGCACGUGACGGACGAGGACCUCGCCGCGGACGCCCAGCAGUUUGCGCGCACCUGGUUCUCCGACGUGCCCGGGUCCGCCAACAAGCUCCUCCGCGCCGCGCGCGUUGCCAAGGACAUUCGGACGUACGACGAUGUGGCCCGCGGCGUCGGCAUCGAGAGUACUGCCUCCUCUGCCGAGCAGCUGCUGCCGGUCGUGCUGACCGGGGCGGAGAAACGCGCGCUGCGGAACGAGCGGGACGCGACGUUUAGCGAGCGCGGCAUGCGCAUCGUCGUCCUCACCGUCAGCCUCGCCGCCUUCCUGCAGGGCCACGUCCAGAGCUCCGUCAACGGCGCCUCCACCUACGCCACCUUGCUCGGCCUCCAGGUGCCGUGGGUGCCGGCCGCCGCCCGCGGUGGUGAGACGGUCGAGCUGGACAGGUGGCGGCUCGGCGCGGCCAACGCAGCUCCGUUCCUGGCCGCAGGGCUGCUGGGCUGUCUGCUGGCGCUCCCCGUCAACAAGGCGGUCGGGCGCAGGGGCGCCAUGGUCGUCGCGGCGCUGCUCAUCCUCGCCACGAGUCUGGCGGCGGCGUUUCUGAGGCGGUGGGAUGUGCUGCUUGCCGUAAGGGUUUUUAACGGGUUGGGCAUGGGAAUCAAAGCGGUUAGCACGCCGAUUUUGGCUAGUGAGACCUCUAUUGCUAUGGGUCGCCUUUGGAUCAUGAUGGGCUUCAUCUUCAACAUCAUCUUCCACGCAGCAUGCGGUGACAAUCAGGAGCUUGCGCUGUCCCUGAUCCUCGGCGGGCCUGUCGUGCCUUCUAUUAUGAUGCUGGUCGGUCUGUGGUACUGCCCCGAGAGCCCGCGCUACUACAUGCGGCCGAGGUCGCCAAACUAUAGCCCUGCCAAGGCGUUUACGAUCUUGAAGAAGCUAAGGAACACGGAGCUGCAAGCCCUCAGAGAUCUCUACCUCAUGCACAAGUCCAUCGAGCAGGAGGAAUACCUCGGCCCACCUAAGACGGUCAAACGGAUACGUCGAGGAUUCGUUGGCCGGGUUGUCGAGUAUGGUAUGCUGAUACAACAGCUGUUUGCAGAGAGGAGGUUGCGGAAUGCGCUGAUAAGCAGCUCCACCGUCAAUCUUUGCCAACAGCUGUGCGGGAUAAACAUCCUGGCCUUCUAUUCGGGAGAUUUAUUUCUUCGCAUCGGCUCCCGGAGCGAUGUGAAUGACCAGACAGGCUACCAUAAGCGCAUGGCAGCGUUUGGCUUUAGUUGCGGUUUUGGGGCCAUCAACUUCAUCUUUGCACUCCCUGCGAUCCGAACAAUCGAUACCCUCGGCCGGCGGAAGUGGUUGAUCAUCACGCUGCCGCUAAUGGCACUGUCUAUGGGGGCUGCUGCUGCUUCAUUCAGCAUCCCAGAUGUGGACUUUCGGAUCGGGGUUGUGGUCAUGUGGCUAUUUUUGUUUGCGGCCGCCUACUCUCCUGGGUUGGGACCUAUCCCAUUUACCCUCGCUUCAGAGAGCUUCCCCCUCUCACAUCGUGAGAUUGGAUGUGCCUUUGCCAUCGCCACCAAUCUAACCUUUGCUGGGAUACUCUCGAUUUUCUUUCUCAACAUCUACUCGAGCCUCGGCGACGCAGGCUGCCUCGCCCUCUUCUCAGGCCUGAACCUUCUUUCCCUGGUCCUCGUGUUCCUCCUGGUCGAGGAGACGAAGCGCCGCUCCCUCGAAGACCUGGACCUCGUCUUUGCGGUGCCGAAGCGCGUCUUUAUCAAGUACCAAGUCGGGACUUUUCUGCCCUGGUUCGCGCGCCGCUGCCUGCGCAGAGUGGCGGGCCGGCGUGCAGCGGGCGACGACGAGGCCCCGCCGAGCUUGUACAUCGACCGCACGUGGGAUCGGGCGCGGCGGCAGGGUGGUCGAACCGGCUUGCGGAAUGUCGGGCUCGAGCGUCAAAGGACGCAGCAGAGGUGGCAGGGUGGUGGUGGUGGUGGUGUUGGGAUGCCUGUGGGGCAGGCUAUGAGUAGUUACAAUGGUUAUAAUCAGCGGCAGCAGGGCUGGGAGGCGAGGAGGGGGAGUUCUUCUGGGACAGAUGAUGAUAGUUUGCAUGCCUGAAAAUAAGGUACGUAUGGACAGAAAGCAUUUAGGGGGAGUGUUUACAGAGCAAUAUUCACGGUCGUGUGUUAGCCAAGUUGAAAAUAAAAUAC